AUGGAUGAAAAAGCCUCUGAUACCACAGCGGAGGGGCAUCAGGCUGAAGUAAAUGCCCAUUCGCUUGCCGUAGACAAGUCGCAAAUACCGCGGCCGUACAAGUGCCCUUUGUGCUCGCGUGCAUUCUACCGCCUGGAGCACCAGACGCGGCAUAUUAGGACACACACGGGGGAGAAGCCGCACUUGUGCACGCACCCCGGCUGCGAGAAGCGGUUUAGUCGGAGCGACGAGCUGACGCGACACUUACGCAUCCACUCGAACGCAAAAAAGAACGGCGCCGAGGCGAGUUCCUCGGUUCACACCAACGACACAGAGUUCAGAAGCAAAGACCAUACCGAUGUGCGACGACGUGCGCGGGGGCGUGGCGGCGCGAACGGGGGCAACCGGUCGCGCCCUGGAAGCCAAUCUUCCAACGGGUGGGUCCUUGGGACCGACGCUGACAGUGAUACCGACACUGCGCCCCCGUCCAAAGGCACAUCAGAAAUUGCUGCGUUGGCGCACUUUGCCGCGGGCGAGUUGCACGAUAUACGCCGCAUGGAGCAAGAGGCAAAACCGCGCAAAGGCCAUGGAUCGCGCAUUGCCAGUGGCACCUUCCGGACACAAGAGUCCACAGACGGUGAUCGCUACAAUACGUACGGCGCGUACUACCCGCAGUACGAAACUGACGGUGCCCAUUAUCCCCCGUACGACGAGCGUGCUUACCGGUAUGCAGAGCCGUAUUCAGAGAGGCACCGCGACAUGCGCUACGAAAUGCAUUCGAACCAAUAUUGGGGCGCGCCUGUGACGCAUUCCUACGAUUCUUACCGCUACCCCCACGCUUCGUACCCUGCUAGCCGUGAAGUGUCGCCGGACCUGCACGAGCGGACGGAGGGCCAUAGCAGCGAGACGGAGGUACACGACGACCACUACUAUCCGCGCCAUGCCUCCCCACGCAUAACGUACGAUGCGCACAUGCACCGUCCUGGAACGCUGAGCAAUUACGCCACGCCGUCAGGAUCGCCCGUGCUCGGUCCUUUGCGCAGCAUGAAUUUGUUCACCGCGCCAAAUAGCCCUUUCAAUUCCCGGCCAGGCUCGCCGGUGCUUCAGCGCUCAGACGUCCAGCGUGUGAGCUCGCACAGUGCCCUAUCAACCCUCAGCGCCGAACGGCAGCUACACAUGUCGAGCCACGGACACUAUGCGUCACACCGUUACCGCACGCAUCCGUAUAGCGACAUGCACAAUGGACUACACAAUCCCGCUGCGCGCUCGCGCUCUCACUUUCAUCUAUCGUCUCUAGGCAUGUCCUCUGUCGUCCCACCGACCACAUCUGGCGAGCGCAGCACUGCAGGAGCUGCCGAAGUUCAUAUGCACCAUCCCGAGCCACACCAUGAAGAUCUUGGGUACGGAUACGCGUCGCAUCCGCAAAAAACGCGGCAUGCACAUUUCAACACAUCUGCACAUGCAAGGCCUAUGCGCGGGAUGCAUGCGGUGCAAUCGGCGCCGGUGAGUGCGGCCAAUUCGCCGCCAGGCUCGCCACGUACGAGUCCUUCGCCCAGGGCGGUAUUGCCGCCGCCGUCGGCGCUCCAUUUUUUCCCACCCGUGCGCAAGUCGCCCAGCUCUGGGAGUCCUGAGCUGAGCAGCAGUGCAUACAAGACCAAGGCUCGUCCUAUGGGAAUGACACCCAUACAUCGCGGAGGGGGUGGGUUUCACGAGCAGGAAGAGAGCGUGCAGUUGCCGCCACUGGGCCGGGCGCUCUCCUCUGUCCCUGUGCAUAGCCUGGCUGCAAAUGAAUAG